UUCCAACGCAAUUUAUCAGUAACCAGCGAUAAGUCCAACCAUUUAGACGUGCCAAAAAUUUAAGCGUAGAAAGAGAAAGAGAAAAAGAAAAUGCCACCACCACACGAUCAUUGCGGCGGACCACCACCCCAUCGUCGCGGGCCAACCAUCAAAGUGCAGAUCGCUGCACCCUGGCCACGUCGUCAUCGUGCACCGCCACCACCCAUUGUGGUGGUGCAGCAAAGACCGCCGCCGCCACAGCAAGUGGUGGUAGUGCAGCAGGCACCGCCGCCAUAUGGAUACUACCAACAGCCGCCGCCACCACCAGGACCACCCGGCGGCGACGGUCACUAUCACAAUCCGCAGUACUGAAAAAAAAAGCGUGCAGAGCGGCAGAACCAGCAAAGAUGAAUUUAUUUUUAGCAGUAAACAAAAAUGUAUUAAAAAAAUAUAAAAUAUUUGACUAAAAAAAAUUGCCUAAAGAUUAAAUGUUUGAAUGGCAAAAUAUUUAUGGCACAACAGGUGUUUGUUUUUUCAAGGCUAUUUGUACACUUUUAGUAGAUAAAAAAAUAAUGUAAGGCAUCAGCAUUAUUUCUUGUAUUUAUUGCGGCACCGAAACGAAUAUUUAUUUGCGGCAUUUAUUGUUGCAAAUAAUCGCAAUUUUUAAUGCAGAUUUCAUUGGAAUUUCUUAACAAUUAAUAAAGGAAAU